GCAGUAAAAUGUAGGAUCGCACGUCUUUCGCUUGCGUCUUGCAUAUAAGCAGCAUCCACGCUGCCUUUGCAGGCGGAAGCCUGAUGCGGCGCGUUCGAGAUGCGACGUCCGACCUCCCCUUUCUCCUUACUCGCCAGUGAUGCGCCGUCACAUGGACCGCCGUGUCCCAUGACUUUACCAAACACUGAUGCGCUUCAGCUUCUUGGAUACAAAAAAAGACGGAUCGCUUAUUUACCCGUGCGAAUGCAUUAGCUGGAAAUGGUCGCAAUUUAGGGCGACUUCUGGACUCAAGUUUAUGCAGCCCGUUUAAAAAUGGAGGCUGGUUCAUUCAGCUGUAUUGCUGGACAGAGGAGAAGUAGCUGGUUUAUAUUCUAUUCGCUGUUAUUGCUAAGUGAUGCUUAAAGCCAUCUCCCAAGCGGGUCUGCUCCGACUCCCGUUUUCGGCAUCUAGGCUGUUAGGAACACCUUUUAAUAACUAAUGACCUGCUAUUUAUUCCUUUAAAGAAAAUAUCGCUGGUCGGCGACCUCACAGCUACUUGCAUCGAAGAGCUUUCGUCUGCUCCCAGACAUUUUAAACCAGCCAUGUCGAACGAACACGCCCCCCUGCUUACCUAUGGCCUCUUCAACAUGGUGGGGGAAACGGGGGCACCGGGGUCAGGCUCUGCCGACUCCACACCCACAGUGGCCUCCACCCGCAGCCUGAACACCUUCUUUGGUGUGGUCGUGCCCACUGUUCUCUCCAUGUUCAGUAUUGUCCUCUUCCUCAGGACCGGAUUUGUUAUUGGUCAUGCCGGGCUCCUGCAGGCCCUCAUCAUGCUGGGAGUGGCCUACGUCAUCAUCUCCUUGACGAUCCUGUCCAUCUGUGCUAUCUCCACCAAUGGUGCCGUCCAGGGGGGUGGGGCUUAUUUCAUGAUCAGCCGAUCGCUGGGCCCGGAGUUUGGUGGAAGCAUUGGGCUCAUGUUUUACCUGGCCAACGUGUGCGCAUGUGGGGUCUACGUGCUGGGCCUGGUUGAGGCCAUACUCGACGUUUUUGGGCAGGCUGAAGGCUCCUCACUGUCGGACAGCAUGCAGGUGCUGCCGCAGGGCUACUGGUACCGGGUUCUGUACGCCUCCGCAGUGCUGCUCCUCUGCCUGUUGGUCUGUCUGGUGGGCUCGCACAUCUACUCCCGCGCUGCUUUCCUCAUCCUCGUAGUGGUGACCAUUUCACUGCUGUCCAUUGUCGUCAGUCCCCUGGCGCUCGGGCCUCGCAGCUUCAUCAUCAGCCACCAGGGGGAGCGCAACAGCACGCUGGUAUACAAUGCCACCUACACUGGCUUCAGUCGGACCACGCUGAGGAAUAACUUGGGCACGGGAUACUCGCUGGAUUACAGCACCAACACCGUCAUGACGUUCGCCACCGUGUUCGCCGUCAUGUUCAAUGGCUGCACGGGCAUCAUGGCCGGGGCUAACAUGUCAGGAGAACUGAAGAAUCCCAGUGAGUCCAUCCCUAAAGGGACCAUCAUCGCUGUGCUCUACACCUUCUUCAUCUACCUGCUCCUCUUCGUGCUCAUCAGCUCCACCUGUGACAGGGUUCUCUUGAUUCAGGACUAUGGCUUCUUCCAGCGGAUCAACAUCUGGCCACCCUUCGUCACCAUCGGCGUCUACUGCACCUCCCUGUCAGCCGCCAUGAGUUCCCUCAUUGGGGCGUCUCGCAUCUUACAUGCCCUCGCUCUGGACCAGUUAUUUGGGCUGCCCCUGGCUCCGGCCACCAUCACCUCCACUUCCGGGAAUCCUUGGAUGUCGGUGGUGUACACCUGGGCCCUCGUACAGUGUGUGGUCUUUGCUGGGCAGCUGAACUCCAUCACCAGCCUGGUCACCGUGUUCUACCUGCUGGCCUACGCCGCGGUGGACCUGGCUUGUCUGGCCUUGGAGUGGGCGUCUGCCCCCAACUUCAGGCCUACCUUCCAGUUCUUCUCCUGGCACACAUGCCUGCUCGGCAUCAUGGGGUGUGUGGUGAUGAUGUUUGUGAUCAACCCUGUCUACUCCUCAGCCAGCAUCGCCCUUCUGCUGCUGCUGCUCGUCUUUAUCCACUACAGAGCCCCCACCAGCAGCUGGGGUUACAUCAGCCAGGCGCUCAUCUUCCACCAGGUGCGUAAGUACCUACUGAUGCUGGAUGUGCGGAAGGACCACGUGAAGUUCUGGAGGCCGCAGGUGCUGCUGAUGGUGGCCAACCCGCGCUCAUCCUGCCAGCUCAUCACCUUCGUGAACCAGCUGAAGAAGGGUGGUCUGUUUGUGCUGGGCCACGUCCAGCUGGGAGACCUGGACACUCUGCCGUCAGACCCAAUCCAGCCCCAGUAUAACUUCUGGCUGAGUCUGGUUGACAAGCUGGGGGUGAAGGCCUUCGUGGACCUGACUCUGUCCGUCUCCGUCCGGCAGGGAACACAGCACCUGCUCAGGAUCACGGGACUGGGGGGCAUGAAGCCCAACACGCUCGUCCUGGGUUUCUAUGACAACUGCGUGCCAGACGACUACUUCCUGCAGGACCCCGCUUUCUGUGAGGGGGUUGCGGGACCCGGCAGCAGCAGGGGGGACAACUUUGGGGUGGACCUGCCAUCCCUCCAAGCCCACUUCCCCCCUGUCCGCGGCUCGGAGUCUCCCCGCUCGCUGUCUCCGGAGGAGUAUGUGGGCAUCAUCUCCGACGCCAUCAAGAUGGGCAAGAACGUGUGCCUGGGCCGCUGCUUCUUCCAGCUGGAGGGAGGCCAGACUGGGGCAUCGCCCACGGCCUCUGGGGCAGAGAGGACCAUUGACGUGUGGCCCCUGAACCUGCUGAGGCCCGAGAACAGCGGCUAUGUGGACGUCUGCAGCCUCUUUCUGCUCCAGAUGGCCUGCGUGCUCAACAUGGCCAGCGGGUGGCGCCGCGCGCGGCUCCGCAUCUUCCUGUGCGUGGAGGCGGAGUCAGGUGACCAGGGCUGGAUGGCCAAGGAGGAGACCCUGCGUGACCUGCUGGGAAAGCUGCGCAUCCGCGCUUCCAUCAAGAUCGUGGGCUGGGACGCUGUGGUGAGGCAGUACAGGCCGGGUGGGGGUGCUGGGGGGGAGCGGCGGGCCGGGACUCCCGGGGGAGGCGACGUAGGCGAAGGGGAGCUGGGGGGCUGGGCCAGGCAGGCCCCAGGUGUCUCUGAGGAAUACCUGUCAAGUGUGAAUGCUUUGGUGAUGGAACACAGUGCACAGGCCGCCGUCCGCUUCCUGUACUUGCCCCGCCCACCGGCUGGGUCCAACCAAUCGCAGAAGUACCUUUCUCAGCUGGAGGUCAUAACCAAUGGUCUGGGUCCGACCCUUUUAAUCCAUGGUCUUACUCCUGUUACAUGUACUGAGCUCUGAGAAGAUGGUUCUUUUUUGCUUUCAUGUGCUUCGCCAAUGUAGUUUCUUUCUGCGUCUCUGUCUACCUGAGUCCAUGCGAACUAAUAACUUUUUCUAUCCAGAUCUCUCUCGAAUGUGUGUUUGGAAAAGGAUGGACUAUUUUUAGAUCUUUGCCUAUUCUAGCCCUUUGGAUUUAUUCACGGUUACGUUGGCUCUCUUUCGUCAACCAGGCUGGUUAUAUUCUUGCAGUGGGGGUCUGUUUGUGCCCCAGGGAGCCAAUGAAAAUUCACAGGCUCUGUUUUUUUGUGACUAAAUGCUGAGAAUGAGGCAAAAUCGUCAUAAAACUAGCUGUCGUUUUCUUUUGCCGUACCAUAGAGAAAAAUAGCAUUUCAACUAUUUCAAGUACUUUUUCAAAAUUGUAAGACUGCACAAAACACCUUAGCCGUUAUUAUGUAAACAAUAGAAAAAUGGCACAAAAUUAACAUUUAAGUAAUUUGGUUUGUGCAUCUGUAUGUCUGCUAAAAACCAGUUGUGUCUCAAUGCUGUGUUGAUAUUGCGGAUAUCCACCCACGCCUUUAAUAGAGGUGCCCUUUUUGUCCCUAAAAGACACAGUUGCUGUUACCAGCUAAUCUCAGAAUGCAUCGGUCUUCCCCGUAAAACAAGCAAGGCGGGGAGGAAUCCCUGACUCUCCCAUUCAAAUUUCAAGUUUUUUUUUCCACAAAGCAACUCCGUUUUAAUCAAGUCUUCCUUUUCAUAAACAUAUAAAUGGUUCAGGACUGUAGAUGCCAAGCUGCCUGCAACGUCACGCAUACGCUGUAGUCGGCUGGUCUCCCGUCUCCUCCCACGGCAUUAGAAAAUUUACCAUUAUUUAACUAGUUUGUCUGUUUUUCCGAUUCCAACUUUUCGCGCACAACUGAAAAAACCCAGAAUGUGGGGCAAGAUAUACAUACAUUCCGCAUCAAACUGGUGCCUGUGGAAACCAGGGAAGAUUCUCAGGGUUAAGGGAAGGCAAUUUAUUUUGUUGUGGACCAACCAGACAUUUUAUCAGGCUUUUACUUGCUUAUAACCGGUAACUGUUAAUGUAAGGGGUUUACUUUCCAGAAAAAAACUGCUAGCACAUUUAAGACGUUACUAUUUAACAAGCUUGAGCAAACUUACCCAAAGCCUCCGCCUUCAUCUCAGAGUGAUUCAUUGUAUAUAAUGUAUAAGUAAGAUCUAACGAAGUCCCCCCCCCCCCUUGCCUGAUAACAGUUCUCUGAUAGGAAGAUUGUAGGCUGUUAACUUAUUUUAUUAAAUCUUAUUCAUGUUUAAGACCAGGUUUUUAUUUAAUGUUUUAUAUAUUAAUAGAGAACGUUUACGAUGGUAAGGAUGAUGACGUGAACGUAGGAACUAAAUAAAAUGUUCAUGUUUUUAUGCGAAUUGAAGCUUUUUGAUUUUUGUUUAUCAUCCAUAUGUUAUGACACUGCGCUCUUAAGCGCUGGCUGUGUUCGCUCUUCGUGUUACUACCUUGUUAACGCUGUUUUUAAGUGGGAAACUGAACUGUCAAAUUCAGCCGCUUCUUUCUCUUUUUCCUAAAGUGAAAUGCUGCUAGAUCCCCACACUUGUAUCGAGAAUCAGCCCUGUGUAUCAUUAGCGGAUGUGUAUAAAUAAAUGCCGCACACACUUGUCAGCUGCUCCAGAUUUGGUCAUGCAUGUUAGCCCCUGAUUUAAUGUAGAUCCCACGUCCGUUGUUCAGUGUUUCUUGCUCAGUGUCUUACUCCUCAUCAGUUAUUCUCGGUUUUUUUUUUUCGAUUCACGUGGAAGGUCCGCUUUACUUCUCCUUUUUCAAUGAUCUUCGUCCCAAGUUAGACGGUGCAAGUGACCCAGCAUUUUAAUCUUUAUAUUAACGAACACACAGUGGGCACAGUGUUCAGCUUUAUUUGUAAUUCAGUUGCAGCAAUAUAUUCUGAAAUAUUUUACCGAGGAGAAUUGAUGUGGACGAUGUGUUAUACAUUUUCAUCUUUGCUGCAUAAUUUAGCAUAAACAAAGUUAUGCAUAACUUUCCCGACUAAGCUCACCGUAACCAAAGCCUCACUGUAAUAUGCAUAAUUUGUUACAGCUAACAUAGCCUUUCUUCGGCGAAUGUUCAAUGUAUACUGGCAAUAAAGUGCAAAACACAGUCAUUUUAUUAUCAUCGUUAA